GACUCACAAAUCAAUGGCACGAACAAAUCUCCAUCUCGCGAUUUUUCCAGAAUUUUGUGAACGUGAACACGAACGGAAGUAAAUACUCGAAGGCGAAGUAGCAUCUAAACGUGGAUGCCACUUUAUUUUAACAGAUUAAAAAGCAGCUACAAAUUACGGCUUUGAUGAGUUAAUCGGUACAAUUAGUAAUUUUGCUGUUUUUGAUUUUAAUAGUAAUUUCGUUGAUCCCGAAAUUGUUUUUGUGCGCAUUUAGGGCCUGCAAAGAUACAUAUGCUAAGACAACUAAGCUAUCGAACGUUAUCGCGGUAAGUUAGCUAAGGGCGCUGUUAGCAUCAAGGUUUCUGAAUGCCAGCAGGUGAACUGGAAAGUUUGACUGGUUUAUGCGGGUCCUUCUUUUAAACGAAUAAGUAGCCUCGAUUUAGCAAGCUUCAGGUCGGGCCGUGGUGGAGGGAAAGUACAGGUGGAUUGAAGAUGUUAAUUGAUAACCUCGAUGCUUUAAAAACAUGGCUGUCUGAAACCCUGGAGCCCAUUUGUGAUGCUGACCCCUCUGCUCUCGCAAAAUAUGUUGUUGCUUUGGUGAAGAAGGACAAAAGUGAAAAGGAACUGAAAGCCCUGUGUAUUGACCAAUUGGAUGUUUUUCUGCAAAAAGAGACCCAGCCAUUUGUGGAUAAGCUUUUUGAAGCCAUCAACAACAAAAGCUACCUCCCACUGCCAGAACAACCACAAGUCAAAGUUGAGAAGGAAGAGCAGAAGAAAGAUGAGACACAAACAAAUCGUGAAGAAGAAAAAGACAAGAAGUUUCCUCGCCGGAUUAAUCAUAGUCCUCUUCAGUCAAGCUCACGCUACAGCAGAGAUGGCAGGCGAGGUGAUGACCGCAAGAGAGACGAUCGCUCCAGGAAGAGAGAUUAUGAUCGUAUGCCACUAAGGAGGGACUCUUACCGCGACCGCUACAACCGCAGAAGAGGCCGCAGCUACAGUCGCAGCCGAAGUCGCAGCCGAAGUUGGAGCAAAGAGCGCCUCCGAGACCGUGACAGAGAGAGGGAUAGAGACCGAGACAGGGACAGAGACAGAGAUCGUGACCGCACUAGGAGCCGGUCUUUAAGCAGAACUCGGUCCAGAAGCAGGAGCCGAGACAGAGAAUCAGGGAAGCUGAAGUACGACCAUGAGCGCGCUGACAGGCCAGAGAGCGCUGACGUCUACGCCCCAGCAGUGCUCGUUUCUACUGCAACACCUUCCCAUUUCCCCAACCCGACAGUGAGCAGCACCAUUACUGUCAUCGCCCCGACUCAUCAUCAUAACACCACCAACGAGAGCUGGUCAGACUUUCGUCCCGAGCCCCCUGUGGAUCGUGGACCUUUCAAUCGUGGGCCACCUCUUCAGAGGAAAAGGUGUAGGGACUAUGAUGAAAAGGGCUUAUGCAUGCGAGGGGACAUGUGUCCGUUUGAUCAUGGGAGCGAUCCAGUCGUCGUGGAGGACGUCAAUCUGCCCAGUAUUUUGCCCUUCCAGCCUCCACCUAUUCCAGGUGUGGACCAACCACCCCCACCAGGCCUUCCACCCCCUCCACCAUUAUUGAACCCCCCACCUGUAAACCUUCGACCCCCGGUACCUCCACCAGGCGCCCUUCCACCGAGUCUUCCUCCAGUUGCAGGUCCUCCUCCACCACUUCCUCCACUGCAACCUGCAGGCAUGGAUGCUCCUCCCAUUUCUAUCACCAGUUCUGUUCCCACCAUCGUCACGUCUGGGAUGCGCCCAUCCCUUCCUCAAGGCUCAGGGCCACUUUUCGGCCCUGAUCACUAUGACACUGACAUGUACAAUCCUGAGGCUCCCAGCAUCACCAGCACCACCAGGCCGAUGUACCGUCACCGGGUCAACGCUCAAAGACCCAAUCUGAUUGGCCUCACAAUGGGGGAGGUGGAUCAGCCAUUGAGAGACAAGAUUCCCAACAACAGCAUGAGGAUCGUUAUGGAAUCUGACUCGAGGAAGAGAUCCGCUCCCUCUCAUGAUGGAGGCCCAUGCAAGAAACCUUGGUUUGACAAACCCAUCUUCAACAAACUCAACCACCAGGGCUACCAUAAAAGAGCUCAGUUCUCUCCCAACGCCAAGCUGCUUGUUCGUCAAAUUCCACCUGAGCUCAACAACAUCAGCAAACUCAAUGAGCAUUUCAGCAAGUUUGGCACCAUUGUCAACUUGCAGGUGGCCUAUCAGAAUGACCCGGAGGGAGCUCUGAUCCAGUUCACCUCUCCUGAAGAGGCCAAGCGAGCUAUGCAAAGCACCGAAGCUGUUCUCAACAACCGCUUCAUCAAAGUCCACUGGUUUCGUGAUGACAUGGGUGACGGACAGGGCCAGUCGCGGCCACAGCAGCUUCACCCACAGCCGCAGUCAGCCAUGUCAUCAGCCACAACUCUCAAGCAGUCUGUGAAGGAUCGACUCGGACCCCUAAUGCCUCCAAACUCAGAGCCCACUCAGGAUUCCAGCGUAGCCUCUCAGAAUGCCUCUAAAGUGUCAGUUAAAGAUCGUCUAGGUUUCUCUCCAAAACUUGCUGCUCCUGUGGAAAAAGUGUCUGCGACAUCGAUGGGGAUCACAAAGACUGUAUAUAAUCCUGCUGCUAGGAAGCCUUCCCAGAGGACCUCAGAGGAAGCUCUGAAGAAGAAGCAGGAGGCCCUAAGACUACAGCAGGAUGUGAGGAAGAAGAAACAGGAGAUAUUGGAGAAGCACAUUGAGACGCAGAAGCUCCUGAUUUCCAAACUCGAGAAGAACAAAACAAUGAAGGCAGAAGAUAAAGCCAAGAUCAUGGAAACUUUGGGCACGUUAACCAAAAGCAUAACGAAACUGCAAGAAGAGAUAAAGGGAAUCUCCAGCAGCAGCAGCCUUCUACGAACCGCCAAGAGCAAAGCUCAGGCACAGAAGGAGCUGCUUGAUGCAGAGCUUGAUCUGUAUCAGAAGACUCAGGCUGGAGAGGACACAGCUUCUUUAAAGAGGAAGUACACCCUUCUUCAAAUUGAGGCAGCUAAAAGGGGGAUUCUGUCACCAGGACGAGGCCGCGGCGUCCAUUCCCGGGGACGUGGCACCGUCAGAAGCCGGGGGAGGGGAUCCAGAGGUCGUGGACGGGGCGUCCCGCUGCAUUCAGUUGUGGACCAUCGACCUCGAGCGCUGGAAAUUUCUGGUUUCACUGAUGCCGACUGUGUGGACUUACUUCCUCAUUUUGCUCAAUUUGGAGAGAUUGAAGAUUGCCAGAUUGAUGAGAACAAACUCUCUGCAGUCGUCACGUACAAGACGAGAGCGGAGGCCGAGCAGGCGGCUCUGCAGGGAGUGAGAUUUAACAGCCAGACUUUACGCCUGGCCUGGCAUAAGCCUGCCACCACUCUCAGUACAGCAGAUGCAGAAGAAAAAGAACCACCGGAAGAUGAGUACCCGGAGGAGUCGCUGAGUGACGAUGCAUUCCUGCAAGACGACGACGAGGAGGAAGACGACAACGAGCCUCGUUCCUGGCGCAGAUGAAGCUCCAUCCGACGCUCACUGGUGUGGACCAAGAGCGAUGAUCCAGCAUAUUUCAGUGCUUGUUCAGGAAUUAGAAAGGCACAUUUUACUUUGGAUAGACCUUUUUCCUCUAACACAUAGCUGACUAGCAGAAGAAACUUGUUCAGUUUGAUUUUAACAUGUAAACCAGAUAAACGGUGCAGUUUUUUUUAGUGCUCUUACAGUAGAUUUGUUUUGGUUCUCAAAGUGCAUUGUUAAAUCUGGUCACUCAAAUACACAUUAGUUGAGCGCUCAAUUGAAAAAAAAAAAAAAAAGACUUGUGUUGUGAUUUAACUCGACAGAUGGUAGCUUUUCUGCAGAAUAGUAUUAAGUUGCUUUUGUGUAAAUAUUUUAUGUCCUUGUUUGUAAUUUGUAUGAAAGUUUGGCUUCUUAUUUCUUGGCUUUACUUUGGAUUGUACAAAAAAAAAUAAAGACAUUGAAAUGGUCUGAAAUCAACCUGCCAGAAAACCAAAAGAAAAAAAAAAAGCAAAACAAAAAAAAACAAAACAAACUGGCAGUGUGGAAAAAAAAAAAAGCUCUACAAAAAGAGCUGAAAAAAAAAUACCAAAGACCAUUUCAAGAAAACAAAAAAAACUUCCUCUUCACCUUAAGAGCAAACUUCCUGAAAAGAUUCAUUCAAUGGUAAAACUUCUAACAUUUGGACGGGUAAGGUAAAUCAGAUUGCACUUUCAUGCAAAGGUAAGAACAUCAUUACAAUUUUGGUAAGUCUAAAUCUUUCAUAUUGCACUAAUCAAAUAUUUUUCUUUCUUUCAGAGUCGUCGGGGUUUCGGCUCACAACACUUUGUUUCCAAAAAGCUUCACCUUUUCUCAGAUUUCAUCUUGGAUUUGUCUCGAUCGGUUUUGUUUUGGAAUCAAGUGUUUCUGUAAUGGCUAGAAUAUUUUUGAUAAAUGUCUACUCUGUAGAAAGUUGCCUGAAUGGGUUGAUGGAAGCCUUGUUGCAUACAAGGAAGUUCUAUUUGAUUUAAAUGUACAAAAUGAUAUACUACUAGAAGUAAACAGAAAAAAUGCUGAACUGGAUUGUUUGGUAUGAAACAAUGUCUUAUUGCUGUAAAUGAGGUAGAACCUCCAAUUUGGUACCAAAGGACUCCAGGAAAAACUGGCACUGGUGCAAUCUGAGUGAUUAUGCAAUUAUUUAUCAACAAGUGAGAUUAAUUAUGGAAACUUUCAAAAAUGUAUUUUGUAACCUUUUCUAAUUCAGCAGUUUAAAUACAUUUGGUUGGUAUCAGGGCUGCCAUCUAGUUUAUGAAGGGUACCAGUUCUCUCUGCAGGAAUAGAGGCCCGCAGCAUCAUGCUGCCACCCCUAUACUUCACAGUCAGCGUGGUACAAGCAUCCCUGUUUUCCCUCCAAAUGUAUUGAUGGUUAUUAUACCCAAACAGUAAUUGGUUACUCUGAAUUACUCUUGGAUAUGAGUGUGUGUACGCAUGACUGGGAGGCUGUCUGUUUGUCCUUUGUAAAUUGUCCAGAGUGUUUUUGUCCAAUGACCACUGGCAUUUGGCACCUUCAUUUUCCCUGUUCUGACUCUAGUGUCCAAGUUUCCAUCCAGGAUCUACUGAAGACCUACUGCAGGAGUUAGUGAGCCGGACUUUUACUGAAACUUCUCAUUCUUUCACUGUGUUUAAUUGAAGAAAACACAGGUGACAUAAAGCUUUCCUGUAGACGGUAUGUUUUUGGAAAAACAUUCCUAUAUGUUCAUUUUAACAGUUCUGUGGCAAAUAUUCAUUCACCGUAAUCCUUAAGUAAAGGCAGCUAAAUUACCCUAAGUAUGUAUUCUCAGCUCGUUUUCCCUUCUCACUUCACAUGCUUUGGGUCAUUCCAACUAAUGAACCUAUGCUUUUUUUGUGAAGUUGAGUUGCAUCUUUUUUUUUUUCCAAUUCCUCAGUCUUGAAUGUGAAAGGAAAAAUAACCCAAUCAGUGUCCCCUAGUUCACUGUUUGUAGACUCCCCUUGGCGUCUGUCAGCCAUGCAGGGAUAAUUGUGAGAAAUCAGUUUUGCUCUUGUGAAAUAUCUGCUGUUCAUCACCGAAACCAUUUCCUCCUGCAAAGCACCAGAAAUACCUCCCCUCAUCUCUUCAUCUGUUAGUAUGUGGGUGUGAAAUGCCCCCUCCUGCUGUCUCAUUUACCUACUGUGGUGCCACCAAACUCAAACAAGCAUGAUCUUUGGUUGCCUCAUCCAUGGCGUUUUACCCACACGUUUGUGUUUCCUUUAGUCUAAGAUGUGACAAAUUAAAUGGACCUUUUUUUUUUUUUCCCCUUAUCUUUUGGACAAGCAUGCGCGAGACAUUUUAUGAAUAGCAUAAAUAAAUGUAAAAGCUUUGGUGGACCUUCAGCCAGCAUGGAGGAGUCUAAGAGCUUGGCCACCCUUUGUGCAUCAGGGAGCAGAGAGUGUUCAUUGGCUCUGCAGGAGCUCUAAAAAAUAUGGGAUAACAAGUUUACAACGUCUGUGUCAUCAAUUACAUAAGUCUUUAUUUUCAGAUUUGUGUCAAGGAGACAAAUGACGUGAAAAGUUGAAAGGACUUGAUAUAAUGUCGUUAAAUAUGGAUUUGAAACCCAGGGUAAAGGUAUGC